AUGCUCACUUAUGGGGAUCCCGAUGAUGAGGAGGAAGAUGCACCUGCUGAGGAGGAAGAGGAGGAAGAAGAGGAAGAAGAGGAGGAAGACCUUAUUGACCCCCUGGAAGCGAUACGAACCAAGUGUGAGCAGACUGAGCACUGUGUGCACACCAAGGAGCGUUUGGAGCUCUGUGAAGCCAGGGUCAGCUCUAGAUCCAGCACUGAAGAGGACUGCACAGAAGAACUCUUUGACUUUCUGCAUGCUCGGGACCAUUGUGUUGCACACAAGCUGUUCCACAAUGUGAAAUGA